AUGAAAACGAAAUCGACGAUUCCUCAACGCCGACAACACCAACAACAUCCACUCAUCUCAGCCGCCAUUGCGCUUUUGGCAAUCAUCGGCACAACUCUCAUACUCUUCUGGUCCUACGGUGGCAGCUUCAGCAGAUUUCGACACCAGAGGCCUUAUUCGAAAUACAGACUGGCUGUGCGUCCGGCUGAGGGAGUGCGACACUUGCCGAGGUUGCGACAGCUUCGGGCCGAGAGCGUGAGGCAGCACCAGGAACAGCAGCAGCAGAUUGUACCGCACAACACUGCAACUGUGUCUGCUGCUGCGGAUUUGGGGACUGGAAAUCAACAACACGAAGUCGCGGGGGAUGCCGUUAACGCUGUCUCUAUAACUCUUAGUUGA